GGAAGCCUUUUAGUUUCCUUCUCCCACCGCGGCCCCGGAAAAUUUCCCCCUUCCCCGUAGCGAAACCCUAGCCGCCGCGCCAAAACCAAAUCCCGCCACGCCCGAAAAUUUCCGGUGGUUUCCUUGCCGCGAAUCGAUCGAUUCCGAGCGAUUCGGUUGAUUUGAUCGAUUUCGGGUGCUUCGCGAUUGAUUAGGCCGGCAAAGCCGCCAAUCCUUGUGAUCUCUCGAAGGGGUAGAGCGCGGUCGACCGUCGGUCAUGUCGAGGUGCUUCCCCUACCCGCCGCCUGUGUACUUGGGAAACCCAGUGGCCGUGGCCGAGGCGGAGUCGACCGCUAAGCUUCAGAAAGAAAGGGAAAGGGCUCACAAGAAGAAAGAUAAAAGGAGUGACAAGAAAGCUCCCCAACUGGGUGAGACGUCCAAACAUUCAAAGCACAACCAUAAGAAGAGAAAGCUCGAAGAUGUCAGCACAGGUGAUCAGGAGCCCAAAAAAGUAUUCAAAGAAUCAGCUGAGCUAUUGGAGAAGAGUGGACUCUCAGAAGAGCAUGGAGCUCCUUGUUUUGUACAGAUGUUUCGUGACUCUCCUGAGAGCUCGCAGGACAGCAGCAAGAGAAGAAAGGCUGUCCUGCCCAGUCCCAGCCAAGCUAAGAAUGGUAACAUCAUUCGCAUCAAGCUAAAAAGUAACCAAGAUCCCCAAUCAGUUCUUUUGGAGAAACCAAGGGUUCUGGAGCAACCACUGGUCCAACAAAUGAGUUCGGUUUCAUCCCUGUCGAGCAAACAAAAUUCAAUCAAUCGUAAGGUGAAUGUGAGAUCUACAGCUGGCCAGCAGUGGGUCAAUGGUGACUCCCAAGCAGUACAAAAAUCUUUGGUUACAGAAACCCUGUCAAGGGCAAUGCAGAGAACUGUCCCCCAGCCUGCAGUGAAGGUCACACGUCGGGCUGAUCCCCAGCUAUCUGUUAAGGCGCCGGUUGGAAGAUCUGACCUACCUCCAAAGUUUUCGGGAAGUGUGGGCCCUUCACCUGCUAGAGUGACCGGAAGAUUUUGUCCUGCACCUGUUAAGACGCAACAGAGAAUUGAGCAUCCACCUUCCAUGGUGUCACAGAGAGUUGAUCCUCAGGCGAAGGUGUCACAGAAGGAAAUGGGAUCUGCUGUUUGCCUGCCACAAGCUCCACAUCCUCCUGUUUUGCAGAAACCCAAGGACUUGCCUGUUCCUAAACAGCGGGAGCCUAUCAACUCUUUGCCAAAAGAAGAGCCUUGUUUCUCUGGAAGGACUGUGGAAGCAGAUCAAGGGAAGGAAGCUAAGCUCUCCCGUUCAGAUCGGAAGAAAAUCCACAAAACUGAGAAGAAAAAUAAGAAGUUCAGAGAUCUGUUUGUUACCUGGAAUCCGCUAUUGAUGGAGAAUGAAGGUUCAGAUUUGGGUGGUCAAGACUGGCUGUUCAGCAGUACAAGAAGCUCUGAUGGUAGCAUGGCUCAACCCACAGUACCUGAUGGUUUAGGGCCGAUUCAUCCGAUGGUGCAGCAGCAGCCUUAUUUGCAACCCAGGGCAACUUUUUUGCCGGACCUUCAUAUCUAUCAGCUGCCUUAUGUUGUACCGUUUUAAGUCUGUUCGUAGAUGAGAAGUAGAUGAGAUGUUGUGAAGGAGCUGUGUGGAUGUGGGAUAUAAUGGUUCCCUGCCGCAAUUUUCCAGCUUUGUUAGCAAGAUUGUAAUGUAAUGUUGGUUAAUUAUUUUGCUCAUUUAUGUAAGCAGUUGAACUGCAAAAUCUUCUUUCUAGGCAGUUACUGUAAUACGACACGCAAUAUUUGUUUUUAUCCAUAAUAAUAGCCUUGCCACAAUAUAAAUGGAUUAAUUGCA